GUUUAUGUUGUCGAUACUCACCAGACUCGUUAAAUAAAUUUCAAGAGUCUUGAGAAAAUAAUUAAUUCCAGUUACAGUUUCAUUCAUGGAUUCACAAAUUGAAGAAUCAUACGAAGCCGAGGAAUAUCUCGAUGAGGAUGGCCUUGAUCUGCUAGAGGAAACUGCUGGGAAGAAUACACGAAUGUACAGCAUUGAGGUUUCCGACGACCAGCGAGAAUUCCGGCCGCUGAGUGACGAUGCUCCUAGAGAGGACAUCCUAGCAGAUGAAUCCCUAGUUGACACCGAGAAUUUAUUUGAAGGAGAAGAUUUUGUUUUUUCCUUUACUGGCGUAUUUUGCCGGAGAUUGUAUCGCAGUCAACAGCGCCCCAAGGAGAGUGUCAGAGCUCUUGUGAAUGGGAAUUCAGUGGACGAAACUAUCGAAUCAAUCUGGAAUCAAGCAAAGCAUUUGAUGGACCGGAAAGUUAUAUUCGAAAAUGAUGUUCCAAAUUGGGCAGAAAAAACAGAACCAACCAUUGACGACAUUCAGGAGUUUGUAAAUUUGCAGGACGAGGUGAAGAGAAGGAUUUAUACUGUUAGUGUUUUGACACCACGGCUGCUGAGAAACUGGCGCGGCAAGAGCGUUAAAAUAUUUGUCUAUGCAUUUUCAACUGCAGUGGAGACGGCCGGCCAGUAUCAGCAAGUAGCAAAACGGUUGUUGUCACCACAAAAUCCAGAUCGAGCGGGCGCUCAUUCCACAAGGGAUGACUCUGCGUUGGCUGAUGAACUACGGAAGAGUCAUUGUCAUCUAGAAGGCCAUCAAAGUUCGUGGUUACUAUGGGCCAACACAAUCAAUUCUUCACCAGCCCAUAUGCAGGAAGUUCUGAAGCAAGCGGAUUCUCCUCCUAUCGAGCUGUCAAAGUAUUUCCGCUGGGCAGCCGUUUCUGAAGCAGCACGUUUGCAAUCAAUUCAUUGUGGAAUGGUUGUAGCUCAGACAUCCAAUAAUACCUGGUGUCGCGAAUUGGAUGAUUUGAAGACUGAAGUUUCCCUUGGAAUUUCAGUUCUACAGGGAGUAAUGCGCAAAUUGGAGGCCAUGACGAUCCGAGGAAGUUCCGAGUCGGAGCUAUUCAGUGCGAUAGAAUCGGCCACACGCCCAGAGGAAACAAGUUUGAGUCACUCCUUGGCGGAUAAAGUAAUGGAUUGCACUGAUGUUGAUCACGCGUAGAAGUAAUUUAUAGAGAAAAGCACUUUUAUGAUGUAAUGACCAUUUCCAAAAAAUCUUUCUUUCGCAGCUUUUGAUAAGCGAAUCUU